GUCGACUCGUUGCUGUCUUUGAUUUCCUCGCACCUUCCGAACUCGGCGACUCUGAGAGGCAAAGCAGACAGAAACAAACCCAGGACAAAAUGCCUGCCCUCGACAUCGUCGACCACUCACCCCACCAUCCUGAUCCGUCGCCCCUAGUCCCAACCGCCUCAAACCUCAUCCUUAUCGACAAUUAUGACUCAUUUACCUGGAACGUCUACCAGUACCUGGUGCUUGAGGGCGCGAAGGUGACCGUCUUUCGGAACGACAAGAUCACUCUCGACGAGCUCAUUGCAAAGAAGCCGACUCAAUUGGUCAUCAGUCCCGGCCCAGGCCACCCGACCACCGACUCGGGCAUUAGCCGCGAUGCCAUCAAACACUUUGCCGGCAAGAUCCCCAUCUUCGGCGUUUGCAUGGGCCAACUCCCUUCCUCAAGACAAUGUAUCUUCGAUGUAUAUGGGGGCGACGUGAGCUUCGCCGGUGAAAUCCUGCACGGGAAGACUUCGCCCUUGAGCCACGACUCAAAGGGUGUCUAUGCCGGCUUGGAGCAGGGUCUGCCCGUCACCCGCUACCACUCGCUUGCUGGCACUCACGUCACACUGCCCGAGUGCCUGGAGGUGACGUCCUGGAUCGCCAAAGAGGAUGGAUCCAAGGGCGUCAUCAUGGGCGUGCGCCACAAGGAAUACACCGUAGAAGGUGUGCAGUUCCAUCCAGAGAGCAUCUUGUCGGCUCAAGGGCGCCUUAUGCUCAGGAAUUUCCUGCACAUGCAAGGAGGCACCUGGGCCGAGAACGAGAGAUUGCAGAAGGCUGCCCAUGCCGCAACUGUCGGCGCAAACACUCCCAACGGGACUACGAAAACAGCCGCACCCCCCAAAAAAAACAUCCUUCAACGGAUAUAUGCCCACCGCAGAGCCGCUGUCGCCGCUCAGAAAGAAAUCCCCUCACAGAGACCGUCCGACUUGCAAGCCGCCUACAACUUGAACCUCGCGCCGCCCCAGAUCUCUCUCGUUGACCGUCUCCGCCAAUCACCGUUCGAUGUGGCGCUCAUGGCCGAGAUCAAGAGGGCUUCGCCGUCCAAGGGCAUAUUUGCGCUCGAUAUCGACGCGCCCACGCAGGCCCGCAAGUACGCGCUCGCGGGCGCCAGCGUCAUUUCUGUUCUGACAGAGCCGGAGUGGUUUAAGGGCAGCAUCGAGGACCUCCGCGCCGUGCGACAGGCCCUCAACGGCAUGGCCAACCGGCCGGCCGUGCUCCGGAAGGAGUUCAUAUUUGAAGAAUACCAGAUCCUAGAGGCCCGGCUCGCGGGUGCCGACACCGUGCUUCUAAUCGUCAAGAUGCUCGAGGCAGACAUCCUAGAACGGCUCUACAAAUACUCGCAGUCCCUGGGCAUGGAGCCGCUCGUCGAGGUGCAGAACGCCGAGGAGAUGGCGACGGCCAUCAAACUUGGGGCGAAGGUCAUCGGGGUCAACAACCGCAACCUGGAGAACUUCGAGGUCGACCUCGGCACAACUGGGAGGCUCCGGAGCAUGGUGCCUAAGGAGACCUUCCUGUGUGCGCUGAGCGGUAUCAACAGCCAUCAGGAUGUCCUGGACUGCAAGAGGGAUGGCGUGAAUGGCGUGCUCGUUGGGGAGGCCAUCAUGCGGGCGCCCGAUGCGUCGCAGUUCAUCAGGGAACUCUGCGCCGGCCCGCUCGCUCCCGCAACCAGGGCCGAAUCGCACUCUCUGCUGGUCAAGAUCUGCGGCACCCGCAGUGCAGAGGCUGCCACCGAGGCCAUCAGAGCUGGCGCGGAUCUGAUCGGUAUGAUUCUGGUUCCGGGGACGAAGCGCUGCGUUUCGCACGAGACCGCCUUGGAAAUUUCCGAGGCUGUUCACGGUAGCAGAAAGGACGCUUUGUCGGAAGCGGUCAAUGUCCCGCAGGCGGCAGCAGAUUUUUUCAGUGUGUCUGACGAGUUACUGAGGAAAAGGGGACCGCUUCUUGUCGGGGUUUUCAUGAACCAGCCCCUGGAGGAAGUGCUUGAGAAGCAGCGGCUGUAUAACCUCGACGUUGUCCAGCUGCACGGUGACGAGCCGAUUGAGUGGGCGAGCCUCAUCCCUGUUCCUGUCAUUCGCAAGUUUAAGCCGGGGCAAGUUGGGCUUGGAGUCCGUGGGUACCAUGCCGUGCCGCUGCUGGACUCUGGCGCGGGGUCAGGCCAGCUGCUCGAUAUUGAGGCUGUAAAGGCGACGCUGGAGGAGGACCGGCACCUGUCGGUUCUGCUUGCUGGGGGCCUGGAGCCGAAGAAUGUUGCCGCGACUAUUGCCGCCCUGAAGCCUGUCGCGGGUUCGAUUAUGGGCGUUGACGUGAGUAGCGGCGUUGAGGUGGAUGGGAAGCAGGAUCUUGAGAAGAUUAGGGAGUUCGUUAAGGCCGCCAAGACUAUUAAAGUCUAGACGCCAUCGGCAUGGCUUGGACGGUUGGACGGGUGACAUCAAUCUAGCAGUUCUGAAAGCUUAGCUAGUAAUUCCGAUCUACUCGUCUAUCUGGCUCCUCAUC